UACGCGUGUGUACGCGUGUGUGUGCGAAUGCGACCGAGCUCUGUGAAGAGAUGUGGCGACCUUUGACAGAUACAUGCAGAACAAUUGUUCUAGUGCCCAGAAGAGCCUUAAGGACUCUGGAAGGCGGCAGCGUGCCUCACGUGACGCAGAAGCAGAUCCGUGCCGUGCUGGACUCCAACAAGUACAAGUACAGUGUGGGCCACGCGUCGUUCGUUCUCCAGUGCCCGUUCUGCGACGGGCAGAGGAGCAGCGGUGGGCGGCGGACCAUGUUCGUCAAUAAGACUACUGGAGGAGUUGUUUGCAAGCCUUGCGACGUACGAGGUGCCUGGACAGACUUCCUGGGCUGGGUGUCCAAGUCGAAGGCGCCAAACCCCGCGUCCAGCAAGGUUCCGCGGGUGGUGCCUCCGUCAGACACGCAGCAGUUGGCAAGCAGACGAGCUGCCCAGCAGUUCUGGAGCAGCACCACUCCCUGGGAGGAGACCCCUGCAAUCAUCCAGGACCAGGCCAGGAGAGCGUUUGGUAUCAAGGUGAGCUGCGGUCUUUGUUACUGCGUUUUCUGUGUGGCUGUUAGGUGGAGUUUCUCUCCUGCAGAAACUGCAGCAAAAGUACCUGAAGAAGUACACCAUUCACACUGUCAAGACGGAGGUGAGGUGACACACGUCAAACAGCACAGUAGCAGAGCAUACGAUCCUUGGUGCUACUACUACUUAGGUAUGCACACGUGUGGCAAGUUGAAAAAAGAGUUUGUCUUUUUGGUGCAGUUCCACACCGUGUCGGGGAGAGAGGAGGUGUGGUGUGUGGCGUACCCCUGGUACGAGGGAGGGGAGGUGGUGAGGGUAAAGGUGGAGAGGGUGGGGGAGGGCCCUCAGAGGCAGCUGGCUCUGGAGCCCGCAGAAGGCUCCCCUGGUCUCUUUGGAUGGAACACCAUCUCCUCUGAUGCUAAAGAGGUGGUGAUUACUGGCUCGGAAUUCGAUGCAGUGGCAGUCCACCAAGCAACUCAGGUACCAACUGUUGCCCUGCCGAGUGGAACCCUUGCCCUCCCGCCUGAGGUUCUUCCACAGCUGGAGCAGUUUGAGAAGGUGUACCUGUGGCUGGGGGGUGGGACCACCGCCAGACAGGCUGCCUCUCAUUUUGCCAGGAAACUGGGUCCCAACCGCUGCCACCUCGUCUGUCUUGACUCAAGUUCCUCGCCACUGGCAGCUCUCAAUCGAGGCCACACCCACCUGAUGUCAGCUCUGAAGAAUGCCAAGCCAUUUGUGAACAAGCAGAUUGUCACCUUUCAGCAGCUCAGAGAAGAGGUCUACAGUGAACUCUGCAAUGCCAACCAAGUCGCGGGGGUCAAAUGGCAGAGGUUUCCGAAGCUGACUCAGGCUCUGAAGGGCCACCGACCUGGAGAACUGACAGUCUUCACUGGAGUCACAGGAGCCGGGAAGACCACCCUCAUCAGCGAACUCUCCCUCGACCUCUGCCAGCAGGGGGUUGCCACUCUCUGGGGCAGUUUCGAGAUCAGGAACGUGAGGCUUGCCAAGAUGAUGCUAAAACAGUUCUCAGGACUGAACCUGGAGCGUCAUCUGAAGCAGUAUGGUUACUGGGCCAACCAGUUCCAGCAACUACCUCUCUACUUCAUGGGUUUCUAUGGAGCAGCUGACAUCUCCUCUGUCCUAGAGACAAUGGCUCAUGCAGUGUACGUGUACGACAUCCAACAUGUGAUAAUAGACAACCUUCAGUUCAUGCUGGGCGCCUCCCACCACGCCUCCCUCGACCGAUAUGCCGUCCAGAACAUGGCAGUCGCCGAGUUCCGCAAGUUUGCCUCUUCCAGAAACGUCCACGUCACCGUCGUCAUCCACCCCAGGAAGGAGAGUGAGAGUUCAGAGCUGACGACUGCAUCUAUAUUUGGGACGGCCAAAGCCACUCAAGAGGCUGACAAUGUCCUCAUUCUCCAGUCUGGACAUGGCUCCUCCAAACUCUUACAGGUAACAAAGAACAGGUUUGACGGGGACCUGGGACGAGUUCCACUGGUUUUUGAAAAGAACUCUCUCACCUUCUCUGGACUCCACCUCCGGCAGAGGAAGAGAGAGGGCGUGGCUUCUGGGAGUGGUGACCACGCCCCACCAGCACUGCGUGUCGUCUCGGACACAGAGGGAGCUCAGAUGAGUCACGCCCCAUUCUCAGAAAGCCACACCCACACCCCUAUUGGAGCAACAUUGAAAUCUGUAGCUGAGACUGAGUCCUCUGCAGGGUCGAGGCCACUUGCAGCGAGGGCUGUCCCAGCAUCAGGCAGCAAGCAGAAGCCGUUCAGAAGAUCUUUCAGGAAGAAGCCGUCGGCUGCAGUAGGGGCAAAGUCUAGUGAGGGGAGGGGAGAUGGAGGGAGGGCUGAGGACGAGAAGGGAGAGACAUCAGGCUCAAAGGCGUCUGAACUCUGCUCAGACUGUGUCAGUGUUGUAAAUUCGUAGUGUGUUUAUCUAAUCCUUUCUCUGUCAGCAUUUCAAGAGUAUUCCUCAUUUCUAUCGUUACUUGCAUUCAAAUGUAGUUCAUUUAUCAUUGUCAUUCAGAGAAAGCAAUUGAACACAAACCAAAACAUUAUGAUCUCUGGUGUCAGUGUGAGGGACAGGAACAGAGGAGGCGGCCUGCAUGCAGUAUAUAAUACAGGUCGGUGGGUAGCAUCAAGUCCGAUGGUAGAGUCCGUUGCUGUCAGGUCUCUGGUAGCUGUCUCCUGAGGUGGGGUGGUGGGUGGUGGGGACGUUUUGAGCCGAGUUUGUCUCCUGAGGAUCUUCAAAGUUUUCUACAGGCUCUGCUUCCCCGAUGACCUCGUAGUCCUCGGAGUAGUAGGAGGAGGUGGACGAGGAAGACGGUCGAUUCUGUCGCUGAGUCUCAUCCUGCGAGUCAGGUCUGGCGGCCUCUCCACCAUCUACCUGCUGCUGCUGCUGUUGGGCCCUCUGAGUCUGGAGGAGAGUCUCUGUGAUGACUGCCUGGCCCUGUGAUGGCCGAGGCGACGACAGUGGUAGCUGCAAGGUUGAUCCCGUGCUGGGUGACUUUCCCCAACACUUUCUUCCCCCUCUCUCCAAUGUUCAGCAGAGUUUCAUCGAUCUCUGUCUCAUGUUUACCAGGAAUGGGUGGAUCACCACCCGGUACAGCUGCUUGGA